AUGCACAAACAUCUUAUGCUCACGAGACAUAACAGUUUUGACAGUCUUGAUGAUGAUACCAAUAGUGACUUGCAAAUGACACACCAUCACAGUACUAUUCUUGAUGCUCUCAAUGAGCUAGAACUCAUGGAAGUUGAUGAUAAUCCCAAUACUGAUCAAACAGACACCGACGAUGAUGAAUCACAAGAACUUGAAAUACUAGACUCUGCUACAGGCCCUAUUGUACCACCAAAGAUUCCUACCCCCUCCUUCUACAGUGUCAAAGAAAUGAAAAUGAGAUCCCUGAUAGGUGGGAAUGACAAACCUACUACUCCUGUCACAAAGGAUAUCUCAUACAUGGUCUCUAUCCUCUCGGCUAGUGAAAUGAAGAAGGCCAAGAGCAAAUGA